AUGGAGAUGUCCUACUGCUCUCCUCUCCAGCUCCAGGAGAACGCUUUCCUAUUUGACUGCGAGUCCCUGCUGGACAAGUGUUAUGAUCCUCAGGCCUAUGAUCCAGCUUUGGACCCUGGUUACUUCAGUGCUGGUAGCAGCCUGUCUCCCACCUCUUCUGUGGACUCCUUCUGCUUCUCCCCCACCUCCCUCCAGGCCUCCGGCAACGAACAGAACGCUUUGGACCGUUUCAUCUUUAACAGCUCGGCAGCAACUUGUCAGUCCCACGAGCCACAGACUCUGCCCUGCUCCAAAUCUUCCACAACCACCUCCACCACCAAGAAAUCCAGGUCCAGGUUUCCAGGGAAGAAGCGCCAGACAGCCAGUGAGAGGGAAAAGCUGAGGAUGAGGGAUCUGACCAAGGCCAUGCAUCACCUCAGGAAAUACCUGCCACCCUCAGUGGCACCAGCCGGACAGACCCUGACCAAGAUUGAGACGCUGCGCCUCACCAUCCGCUACAUCUCCUACCUGUCGGCUCAGCUGGGCAUCAGCGAGGAGGCGCUGGAGCAGAGGAGAUCCUCAGGCUUUGUGGAGCAGCCCCAAACCCUCAACCAGUUCUUGGGUCAGCCAACAGCCAGCUACAGCUCACAGGAAUCAGACAGUAACACCAUGAGCUCAGCCCAGCUGUCCUCUCUGCAGCCCUCAUAUCAGGUUUCUAAUGGAGUGUGCUUCACCAGCGAGCAGUACUGGAUGCAACAGCAGCAACUACAAAAUACCUUCUCUGGACAGUGCUGA